GUUUUUAGUUUGCAAAUUCAAUUUCGUAUUACGAGCUGCAGGAUUAUUUGUUGUUGCUGAAGAGGUGAUAAAGCAGCCUUAAGGUUUAGUAACUUGUGCAUUUCGAGAACAGUUAAAACAUUCUGGUAUUUUACAUUGUUCGGUAAUCUAGCUAACGUUAGCGUUAAUAGCGUAUUAACGAAUAAGCACGCUAACUUCAAGGCAAGUGUAUAGCAGUAUUCCACGGGAAACAUUAUGCGCGUAGUAGGCAUAGCCAUCAUAGGUAUCUGUCUUAUUUCAUUUUUAAGCAAAGUUCUGAAGAGAUAACUCCUUAAUAACUCAAGAAGCAGGUAAGGCUUUCAAUAAAUGGGCGUUAAAAGAGCAGGUGACAUUAUUUAGCAGACACUCUUAUCCAGAGCGACGUACAGGAACAAUUAGGGUUUAAGUGCCUUGCUCAAGGGCACAUACACUGAUUUUUUUCACCUAGUCGGCUUGGGGAUUUAAACCAGCAACCUUUCGGUUACUGGCACCAAAGCUCUUAACCGCUAGGCUACCUGCCUACAUGACUGCAAUGAAAUCCAAUGUUGCUGUCACAAAGGCAACUUUCUUGUAGUGCUGACAGAGUCGACCAUCUUGUUUCCCACCGAGUCCAAUGGAGGGUGGAGGAAGUGAGGGAGGAGGAGAAGAGGAGAGGAGGGGAACCCCGCCACAGGAGGAGGGGAAGUACGAUGAACAGCCAGGUGGUGCUGACGAGGCAGCAGAGGACUCUGGGGUUACUGUACUACCUGGGCAGGAGGGUGGAUCAGCAGAGCAGUCAGACAGAGAGCAGGCCGAGGCGGGGGCUGGUUACCCAGUGUCACAGUCAGGAAACAGUGGUACAGGCGCAGCCUUCAACCCCGCCAGCAACUCAGAUAACGGAACGAUGCCCUUGCCGCCUCACCCCUCGUUGCACCUCUCAGUCCCCCUCUCCGACAGCGAUGCGGACGGGUUACGCAGGGCGGCGGAUGAGGGCGAUGAGGAAGAUGAGCUCAUCGUGCUGGACCCUGAACACCCGCUGAUGAGAAGGUUCCAGACUGCACUGAGGAACCACCUCCACAAGCAACUGGAGAGACUCAACAUGGAGUUGCGCGAGAAGAUGGCCAUAGAGAGGUCUGAGAGCGACCACCGAGAGGAGCUGGGCGUGGAGCUGUACGGCAUACAGCAGGAGCUGGCCAGACUCCAGGCCUGUCUGGAGGGCCGUCACGAGACCAACGCGCAGGCGGCCGCCCAGCGCAGACAGGCCCAGGAUCAGCUGGAGGGGGUCCGAAGCCAGUACCGCACCACAGCCAGCCAGGCCGGCAAGCAGAGGUCACACGUGUCCCAGCUGCAGAGUGAGGUAGAGAACCUGGCACUGCGUCUGUUCUACAUGCAGGAGGUUAACGCCGACCUGCGCUCUGACAUCACGGCCAUGAAGAACGCCUCGCGCAAGGCCUACUCCGAGAAGACCCAGGCAGAGGAGCAGAAACACAAACAGGACUUGUAUGUGGAGCGGUUGACCAAACACAUGGAGCGGCUGACGGAGCAGAUAGCUCUGUAUAAAGUACAGACCAUCGCCCAGUCUGAGGAGACCCAGGCAGCCAAGGAGGCCCUCUCUGAGGCCCAGAUGGAGAUGGACUCUUUGGGGAUGGAGAGGAAGCAGCUGCUGCAGCAGUGGAACAGCAGCCUGGUGGGCAUGAGGAGACGAGACGACGCCUACACCGCCAUGCUGGAGGCUCUACGCGCGGCCACCCACCAGGUCCGCUCUCUAGACACCGAGAUCGAGGGCUUCAAGAAGUCCAUCACGCAGGAGGGGGAGCGCAAUGAGCUGCUGACAGUACUACUGAACCGGAGCCAGCUGGACAGCGCCACCUCCAGGAAGCUGAUCUCCCACAGCCACAGCCAGCAGGAGGCGCUGCAGGUCCAGUACAGCAUCUACAUGAGGACCCUGCAGGAGACCGAGCAGACGCUGCAACGCGUCAACACGGAGUGUGGGGUGCGUCAGGUGGAGGUGUCCUCCCUGAGGAAGCAGACGGAGAAGGAGUGGGUGCGGCGCAUCGAGCUGGAGGACCGCAUCAUGUCCAAGAUGCAGGAGCAUCUCACCCACGACAAGGCCACCAAGUACUCCCGACGCCUCACCGACAAGAUGGCCGCCCACAAGAGGGAGAAGGAGACCCAGCUGUCCCGGCUGGAGAACGAAAAGGCGGCGGUGACGCUGGAGAGCAGUGACCUCACCCUGCGCCUGGAGGGUCUGGCCCGCACCCUCGCCUCGCUGGAGACGGAGAUGAGCCGCCGCAACGAACUGCUCGGGGCCAGCGAGGCCAGGAUCACCAAGCGCGUCACCGUCAUCGAGCGCAAGCAGGCCACCAUCAACGUUUACAACAAGAAGAUUGAGCAGCUCGUCGCCAGCACUGGGCACGAGGACCUGGGCCCGUUGGAGAUCCAGGCCAGUACUCUGACCAAGCAGCUGGAGGGGGUGGGAGGAGAGAUCAAGGAGCAGCAGCAGCUCUGGCUGCGGCAGCAGGGGGAACUGGUGAGACUGACCCAGGAGAAACAGGCCCGGAGCGCCGCCCUGCUCACACUGCAGACCCAAUUCACCAUCCUACAGCAGAGGAAAGUCCGCACCGAGAGUGAGAUACAACAGGAGCAGCGGGAGCAGGCCGAGCUGGAGAGACACAUGAAGGAGCUGAUGGCGGACAUGUUGAAGCUCAACUCCCUGCUGAGUGAGAACAGGCAUCUCCACCAGGGCCUGGAGCAGGGCAACGUCGUCAUGGAGACUGACUUCCUGCACAGACUCAAGGAGGCGGAGAGAAACUCCAUUGAGACGCAGAUGAAGCUAGAGAGGAUCCAGGAGGAGAAGGACAGGCUGUUCAACAGUCUGGUGGAGUCAGAGCGUCAGAUCAUGCUGUGGGAGAAGAAGACCCAGCUGGUGAGAGAGACCAGGUCGGCUGUGGACUCUGAGGUGGGCCAGGGAGACAUCCGCACCAUGAGGGCUGAGAUCCACCGGAUGGAGGUGCGAUACGGUCAGCUGAUGAAGCAGCAGGAGCGCCUAUUGAGGGAGAUGGAGGGAGUGGUGGCUCGCAGGGAGACUAUCGUGAUGCGCAGUGAAGCCCAGGCACGCACCGACCGCAAGCAGCCCACUCACACCGACUUCCACGGCAUCCUGCAGGGCCUGCGUCGGAAGAUACUGGACACACAGAAGCAAGCGGAGGAGUGUGACGGGGUCCUCAGGGAGCUGCAGCAGGGCCAGGCCAGUCUGAGCUGCAGUCUGCGGGACAAACAGCUGCAGCUGGGAGAGCUCCAGAGUGCCAGAACUGUCCUCACCUCAGACUUCCAAUGUCUGCAGGACACCAAGGAGAGGAACCUGGCCCGUCUGGUCUCCCUCCAGGGCCAUGCCAAGCAGCUCCAAGCGGUGUGUGAGGGUCGCUACAGCGCCCUGUCCACCAGCGAAGCCUUGGAGCCUGCGUUGCAGAGGCAGGAGGAGCGUCUGCACGCUGUGACCACCAUCCUGCACCGUGUCCAGCAGGAGUUCCCCCAGCACCAGGGGGUGCUACGACGCCUCUCCCUAGCCCUGGCCGCACGCCUGCAGACUCCGAUUGGUCAGGAGACCCACUGACUAUUACAUGACUGAAAACCCCCAUCAUAGGACGGACCAGACGGAGUAGAUUGGAGAUAGAGAUCCAUCAUAGUUGUCGGGUAUUACUGCCCUAUGGUGUUCCAUGUUACUCUGGCUGUUAGGAUUAGGGAGCUGGACUUGGGGUGGAAGCUCUCCUCCUGGCCAUGUUUGGGCAAUUUUGGUUUUCAGAAUAUUUCAGUUUAUUUAGUUUCACUUGAUAGAAUGAAGAGUUGAUUUAAUAUACAGUAUACACGGAUAUCCUACCAGCGUGUGAAAAUAAUAUUGUCCAUGGAUAAACUGAAGAUGCACAUAAAUAAACAAUAAAAGCAA